AUGUCUGAUAAAUCUGAUAAUUUCGUUUUUAUCGAUUGUCACCCAAGUAUAACAACAAAAAAGAAAAAACCAAACAUGUUUAUUCUUUACAGAACCGAAAUGUUGAAAUAUAAACCUUAUAACAUCACAAUGACUGAAUUCAGUAAAAUGAUGUCGAAAGAAUGGAGAGAAUUACCGGAUUAUGAAAAAAGUAAAUGGCAAAAAUAUUAUCACAUUAUUCGGGACCAACAAUUACAAAUCAAUACCUCUGGUUCACCUAUUGAGCAUCUCGACGAAAAUCCCACCUCAGCUGCCAAUCCAAAUUUAUUAACUUAUCUUCCA